CGUAUGGCUUGUCUGUAUUUGGUCACUUUGUGUUCAUGAAGUAACAGGUUUACGAUGUUUCCGUUGUGAGGAUUUACGGGACGCUUCUCUUUGCACUGUAAUGGAUGUUUGUUCUCACGCAGACCAGGUGUGUUUAACAGUGAAAGAUUUAAAUGAUAACUACCAGAUUUCAUACAGGCUAGGAUGUGUGAAAAAGGAAGUGUGUGAGGGACCACUGAUGUCGGUAUUCAAACACUCUUGUUGUUCAAGCGAUUACUGCAAUGCAUAUAAUCUUGAUGAAACAACCACAUCAAAACAAAUAGCAACAUCCACUGUUCAAAGUAUUAUAACAAAUGGAGGAACAGCAACACAUUCUACCACAAAAGCAGAACAUAUUGGGACAGAAGUAACAACUAUUGGGAUAGAGGCAAUAACUAUUAGGACAGACGCAAACACAAAUCCAAACCAUAUUACUAAUCAAACUUCACAUGCUUUAAAUUGUAGUGGACAUUCAUUCUACCAGUGGCACGGGCACUGUUAUUACAUAACGACUCAUAGCACACCCUGGGGAGUAAACAGGAAUGGCCACCAUAAGGAUCCUUGCAUUGGACACAAUAUGCAUAUGGUAGUCAUUGACAGCGACGAGGAGCAUAAUGCAAUAGCGAAAAAAUGUACGAGAACACUUACAUUUAGACUUUUGAAAGCCAUGUAUUAA